GUACUGAUAGACGGCACUGACUGGCACAACCCCUGGGCACUGACUGGUGGCACUGACUGGCAGCACUGCUGGGCUGCACUGGUGGGUGGCACUGGUGGGCAGCACAGGUGGGUGGGCACAGGUGGGUGGCACUGCUGGGCACAGGUGGGUGGCACUGCAGAGUGGCACUGCUGGGCACCGAUCAUCAGGGCACUGAUCAUCAGUGCCCUGAUGAUCGGUGCCGAUCCCCGCUCUGACAACUGCCGGUUCUCGGCAGUACUUUCCUCACAAUCUGACAGCGUGAGGAAAGUGCAGCCGAGAACCGGCACUUGC